AUGUUUGGAUACCUUUCAGUGGGCAUCACUUCGUUGCUGAUAACAGCUGUUCCAGACGAUCUUAUAUGGCUAAGGGUUGCCUUCCUAGUGUUGUGCAGAUUCUGCGUAUCGAUUAAUACAUAUACAAUAUAUGGAUAUACUUUAGAAUUGUACCCGACUGUAGUUCGUAACGUGGGUAUCGGAUCGUGUUCUACAUUUGCCAGAAUCGGAGCGAUCGCUGCACCUUUUAUGAAGGAUCUUAGUGAAAAGGUAAACUGGAGCAUUCCCUUUAUUAUAGUAGGUGUAUUGACUCUUUUGUCUGGUUUGUGCAUUUUGCCUUUACCCGAGACCAAAGAUAUUCGUUUGCAUGAUAUUGUCAAUAAUACAGCAGAAAAUGAAGAGAAAUAAAAAAAAACAUAGAAAAGAAGAAUGAAAUAAAUUACUACUUCAAAAUGAGGAAUU